UCUAGAGAAGUGAGGUACCUACCUACCUACCUACCUACCUACCUACCUGCCUGCCUGCCUCUUGGGAGAUCGGUAGUGACGAUGGCAAUGGUGGUGGUGGCAAUCGUGGUGGUGGUGGUGGUGGUGGUGUCGGUAGUGGUGGCAAUGGCAGUAGAAGGUAGAAGGUAGAAGAAAGGGACGCUCGUGGGGAAGUGAAGGGAGAUCAGCGUGGAGCCACAUUGCAUGGCAGCCCCGUAGACUCACUCCGCAAGGUGAGACGCGCGGACUGUAAGAUCGUAGGACACUUAGAUAUAUAAGUUUUUGGAAAAUAGCUAAUUUAAAAAAAAAAAGUGUUACCAGUGAUUUUUUAUUUAAAUUUUUUCGUGAAUCAUGGACUUUUUAAGUUAAAAAAAUUGGUGUCUCGAAAUUUCUUUACCUGCUUACGUUACACUUGGGAUCUGUUGUUUGACAGUGAUAACAGACAGUCUCUUAUCUUUGACUAUCUUUGGAGACGUGUGAAUACGGAUUUUAACGUGAAAUAUAUAAAGAUGAAAUGACGUGAGGAUGACUUAGGAAACAAGCGUUAUGAUCGGUAUGGAUGGUGCUUGAAUUUUCUUUUGAUACACAUGGACACGGUUUUUUUUUAGUGAUAGUCGGAUUUUUUUACAAAAUUUCAUAUCGUUAUCAAUCUUCGACAAUUUUGUGAUAUUUUAUUUUUCGAUUCUACCCACGUCACACCUGUUUCGUGAUCGUCUUGGAUUCAUCCUACAAAGUGACAGUGGACUAGGUGCUUCGUACAGUGUUGGGCAAUAGUUUUAUUUACCAAUUUCACCCACGUGAUGUAGCUUGACAAUUUUUUCGAAUUCUCCUGUCACUUUUUCGAAAUACUUGUUUUCGUCGUUGCACGAUGACUUUCGGAAGUAAACAAUAAAGUUUUACCGAUCACUGUACCAUCUUAAGGAUAAUGAUUUUUUCAAAAGUCAUUUAACAGUGUUCCACCUGGGUCAAGUGUCAUUAAAAGUUUUCCCCAGUCGUGUCAAAGUGUCAAGUGGUUCGCAAAAUAACUGACAGUAGAGACCUGCUGAUUUCAUACACGGAUUAAGAAGUCAUCGUGACAGAAGUUUCUCUUGUGAUAAAACACAAAAUUUUAAUUACCAGUGUUUCGAGUUUGGAUAGUGACAAAAAUUUUAUUUUUACACGGAACAACAAAAUUAUACGCAAACUCGCAACCGGAAAUGCAAGAAAACCGUUGAAGAUUCCGCAAUGGCGGAACCGUACCUAACCUCCUUCGCUCUCUUCGAAGAUCACGGAAGGAUUCUAUCCCGAAGAGACUGCUUGCCCAUCCUCAUCGACAGUACCUUGGCUAGGUCCACGGGUUCCUAGAGGGCAUGCACGCUCAUCAUGUUCAACCAGUAUCACGGGCCACGAGCGCUGUCGACACUCUACAUCUUCAGCGUCCCGCUACUCCUUCUGGUGCUAAUUGGUAGCUACGAUGCAUUCGCAGAUCUCGGUUCCGAAUUCGUCAAAGGAAAAAUUUGCAUUGGGACCAAUGGCCGACUCUCGGUGCCAUCCAACAAGCAGCACCACUACCGGAACCUUCGAGACCGGUACACCAACUGUACUUACGUCGAUGGGAAUCUGGAGAUUACGUGGCUCCAAAAUGACUCCCUCGAUCUCAGCUUCCUCCAGUACAUACGAGAAGUUACUGGCUAUGUACUCAUCAGCCACGUCGACGUCAGGAGGAUCGUCCUACCUAGACUCCAGAUCAUACGUGGUAGGACCCUCUUCAAGCUCAACAUACACGACGUGGAGUUUGCCCUCUUCGUUACCAUGUGUCAACUACAUAACCUGGAGAUGCCGGCGCUCAGAGAUAUCCUUAAUGGCAGCGUCGGGAUAUACAACAACUACAACCUUUGUCAUACCAAGACGAUCAAUUGGGAUGAAAUAAUAACAGGACCCGGUGGAAAGUAUUCUUAUGUCUACAACUUUACCUCGCCAGAACGAACUUGUCCGGACUGUGACAAGAGCUGUGAGCAAGGAUGCUGGGGAGAAGGUCCAAAGAAUUGUCAAAGGUUCUCCAAGAUGAACUGUUCGCCACAGUGUUGGCAGGGCAGGUGUUUUGGGUCCAACCCACGCGAGUGCUGCCAUCUUUUCUGUGCUGGUGGUUGCACUGGACCCAAACAGAGUGACUGUCUAGCCUGCAAGAACUUCUUUGACGAUGGUGUCUGCACCCAGGAGUGUCCACCGAUGCAAAAGUACAACCCAACUACUUACUCCUGGGAAGCUAAUCCCGAUGGGAAGUAUGCCUAUGGUGCAACGUGUGUUAGAAAGUGCCCUGAACAUCUCCUGAAGGAUAAUGGAGCCUGCGUAAGAUCCUGUCCACCUAAGAAGAAGGCUCUUAAUGGCGAAUGCGUACCUUGCGAUGGACCUUGUCCAAAAACGUGCACAGGAGUUGACAAAGUUCAUUCUGGGAAUAUAGACAGUUUCAAGGAUUGCACCAUUAUUGAAGGAUCUAUUACUAUCCUGGAUCAGAGCUUCGAAGGAUUCCAGCAUAUCUACAGUAACUUUACCUUUGGUUCUCGUUACGAGGCUAUGCAUCCGGAUAGACUAGAAGUGUUCAGCACCCUGAAAGAGAUCACUGGAUACUUGAAUAUUCAAGGAGAUCAUAAGGACUUUACUAAUUUAUCCUAUUUUCGUAACUUGGAAGUCAUUGGUGGAAGAACUCUUACCGAAUACUUUGCAUCGUUGUACAUUGUCAAGACUGCUCUGGUAUCUCUUGGACUUAGCUCCUUGAAGAAGAUAUAUUCUGGGUCAAUUGCCAUUUUGGAGAAUACUGAUCUGUGUUAUGCACAAAGUAUUAACUGGACCAGGAUCAAGAAGUCAUCCGAACAUGACACCUUAUUAUCGAAUAAUAAAAACGAAUCAGAAUGCAUUGCAGAAGGAUUAGUAUGCGAUGAACAAUGCUCUGAAGAGGGCUGCUGGGGUCCAGGACCUGCUCAGUGUCUGUCAUGCAAGAACUUCAUCCUUGGCAACGUUUGCCUACAAAAUUGCACUAUACUCCCUGGCAUAUAUCAAGCGGACUCUCGAAUUUGUAAACCUUGCCACGAGGAAUGCGAUGGCACGUGUACAGGACCUAACGCAGAGCACUGUAACAAGUGUAAAAACGUUCGAGAUGGUCCUUUCUGCGUUCCUAAGUGUCCAUCUUCAAAGUACAACGACAACGGACAGUGCAAGCACUGUCACGAGAAUUGCGUCGGUGGCUGUGAGGGUCCUGAGAAUAAUAUAGGAGCCAAUGGCUGUCAUAGUUGUGAAAAAGCAAUAAUGAACGACGACCACCUUCCCGAGGGAUGUUUGCAAAAGCGUGAAUCGUGUCCAGAAGGACAUUACUACGAAUGGGUCAGUCCCCAGGAGCAAGGAACAUUAAAGCCAUUAGCUGGAAAAGCUGUUUGCCGAAAGUGUCAUGCGAGAUGUAAAAAGUGUACAGGAUAUGGAUUCCAUGAGCAGGUCUGUCAAAAGUGCACCAGGUACAAGAGAGGCGAACAGUGUGAGGACGAAUGUCCUGCUGAUUACUUUGCCGAUGCCGAUACGCAACUCUGUCUUCCUUGCUUUGGUGAAUGUCGAGGAUGCUUCGGUCCAGGACCGAAUAAGUGUUACAAAUGUCGGAACUAUAAAAUUAAUAUUGAUGAGGACAUUGCUGACAAUUCCACUUCGUUCAACUGCACCGAAACGUGUCCUCCCGAAUACCCUCACAAGAUUUUCCCACCGGAUGGUGAACCGUACUGUUCAUCGGAGGCAAUCGGUCUUGGGUAUACGUCGGACAAUGAAUUGCAACCAGCAAUUUUGGUUGGGGUUGGUAUUUUCACAGCGAUCUUCAUGGUAGUGGCGGCAGUUAUAAUGUGCCAAUGGAGAUUGCGUACAAAGGCCAAAGAGAAUACUGUCAAAAUGACAAUGGCACUGACUGGUCUGGAUGACAACGAGCCUCUGAGACCUACAGGAGUGAAACCCAACCUGGCCAAACUACGGAUCAUCAAGGAGGAAGAGAUGAGAAAGGGUGGAAUCCUAGGUUACGGUGCCUUUGGCAAUGUAUACAAGGGUGUCUGGGUACCACAGGGUGAGAAUGUGAAAAUUCCAGUAGCCAUUAAAGUCCUCCAUGAUGGCACCGGUGCGAAUACCUCUAAGGAGUUCUUGGACGAAGCUUACAUAAUGGCUAGCGUAGAACAUCCUAAUCUACUUCAGCUGCUAGCAGUCUGCAUGACCUCACAGAUGAUGCUGGUUACCCAGCUGAUGCCUCUGGGUUGUCUCCUAGACUUUGUACGAACCUACAAAGAUAAAAUUGGUUCCAAGCCGCUACUAAAUUGGUGCACGCAAAUAGCACGGGGUAUGGCUUAUCUGGAGGACAGAAGGCUAGUCCACAGGGAUCUUGCUGCGAGAAAUGUCCUGGUCCAGACUCCUAAUUGUGUUAAAAUCACGGACUUCGGUUUGGCUAAGUUACUGGAUAUUAACGAAGAACAGUACAAAGCUGCCGGCGGAAAGAUGCCUAUUAAAUGGCUGGCACUGGAAUGUAUACAGCAUCGUGUCUUCACACAUAAAUCUGACGUGUGGGCUUUCGGUGUUACCAUAUGGGAAGUGCUAACCUAUGGUGGAAGACCGUAUGAGAAUGUGCCAGCUAGAAACGUACCAGAAUUAUUGGAAAAGGGAGAGAGGUUGCCGCAGCCAGGAAUCUGUACAAUAGACGUUUACAUGAUCAUGAUUAAAUGCUGGAUGCUGGACGCUGAGGCUAGACCCAGCUUUAAGGAACUUGCCGAAGACUUUGCCAAGAUGUCGCGCGACCCUGGAAGAUACUUGGCCAUCAAAGGAGACAAAUAUAUGAGACUGCCUUCCUAUACUCUACAGGAUGAGAAGGAAAUGAUUCGUAACCUAGCCUCGGCGAUGGACGGACCAGAAGCUUUAGUAGAUGCUGAUGAGUAUCUGCAACCUAAAUCCAGGGCGCCUAUUCCACCUGGUAUUUCUGCUUCAAGUACUACCGGCUCUCCGCCUAACACACCCUUGAAAACAUGUUGGCCGAACGGAAUGCCUCUAGCAGCGGAUUCACCGACUCCUCAGAACCAGCAGAAUUGGGAUAGGGAAUAUCUUAGGUAUGGAGCAUCUCACGGAAAUGGAAGUACGUCCCAUGAGCCCGGAAAUUCCGGACAGCACACGCAUUAUGCUCAUCCUAACGGACACUGCGGACAUGUUAUGGGAUCUGAUAGUUCUAGCUCCAGAUACUGUUCGGAUCCUUUGAAGACUGUAGGCGUAAGAGACUGCGACGUAACAGAUGAUUGCUUCGAUUCAGAAGUUGGAUCUGUACAUCAACAGGCUCAAGUAGGGAAUCUAAAAUUGGAUCUUCCCGUCGACGAGGAUGACUACCUAAUGCCGUCUCCUCAAUUACCAGCAAAUACUACUCAAUAUAUGGAUCUCAUCGGUGACUCGAAACCCUCAGAAGCAGAACCAAAACGGGUGAAUAACGGAUACAGAAAGUAUCCCGAAUUCCUGACAAUUCCAGGGAAAACCUCUCUGGACAAUCCAGAAUACAUAAUGUCCCAGGACGAAGGGCCCCUUACACCACAACCCCUGGGUAUCCCAACACCAGACCUAAAGAAGGUGUUGACCAAGGGAACCUUCGGUUCACAAGUGAGACAGAGAAGUUCAGAAGAGGAAUCCGAUCACGAGUACUACAACGACUUCGACAGAUUAGAACGUGAACUUCAACCCCUGAAACCAUUCAGGAAAAACGAGACGACGGUCUGAAUCUGAUGAACGGCGGUGGAUGUCGACAGUGAUGAGAUACUCGGUCACCGCAUCACGGAACCAGGAACCGGAUGCGAAGACCGAAGAGAUUCGUCGAAGGAAGUGAAAAUUUGACGAAAGAAUGUCACAGCUUCCGGUUGCCGCGUAUUGGGAGAUACGCUUCCUCCUCGAUAUUACCCAGGGGCCUCUGGUAUCUCGAGGUGGAGAAGGGACUACCGGGACUGUUUUCAGUACAGUACUUAGAGAACUUUAGAGAAUGAAGUGCCUGAAGUACUGCCGUUGCAGAGAAAAAAAAUACUUGCGGAUGGCUAUUACCGGAAGUGACCUGUUACGCCAUCUGUUGGGAGUUACGUUAAAACAUACAAUGAACUGUAGUGCAAACAUAUUCUUAACGUGCCAUUAUCCGUGGCUUGUAAAUAACUAAUUACUAUGGGUACUGAAGUAAGUUUUUAUUGCUAGUACGUAGUUUCGUAAUUAUUUUAUAUUCAUGUUACUAGAGAGAGAGAGAGAGAAAGAGAGAGAAAGAAAGGAAUAGCGAGAUUGAGAGAAUGGAAGAGAGACAAAGCGUAUAAACGUUAGAACAAUGGAGUAUGUGUCAAUCGAAUAUCUAUUAUUUACAAUUUUUAUAUACGACACAAAAUUUUUUGAUUUAAUUAGCUUGCGUAAGCCUCACGACUCCCACGUGAGAUCGCGUGUAGGAUUUUUUUUUUUAUUAAGCGAUCGCGCGAAUAACGAAGUAUAGAAGGUUCCGCGCGGGCGGCGUACGAAUUUCGAAAAUGCAUUUUUUUCCUUCCAACUAUUUUCUUUUCUUCAAGGAAUUUUUUACGCCACCGCCCGGAACGUGGUGUGCGGCCCGCCGCUGACUGUGAUAAGAAACAUUCUUCUCUCUGAAAAAACUUAAGAUGAAUACCGAACAUACCCAGACCUUUUCAUUCAAAAUUAUUUGUUAAAAAAAAUACCUUGUCCCAUUUAAUUUUCAUUUUGAGGAACUUGAGACACUUUUCUGAACUGUGCAAAGAAAUAUCAUCAAUGCGAAUGGAAAGGUCAUUUACCACUCGUCAUUACAUCGAACUUACUUAAGAAAAGCGAAAAACCGGUCUUUCUUUUAAAUCAGAAAAAUCAUCCGCUGUCUGUACCUUUUGUUCCAUCGUCUUAGCGGACCAAUGAAAUUGGGCCAUAGUAUAUUUUUUGUCUUAAAACUUUCUUCCUUUAUAUAAUUUUUUCUUUCUUUUGAAAAAAAAAAAAAAGGAACUCGUCAAAUUCUAUAUACAAAGCAAAUGUAAAUAUACUAAAUCUAGCGUCUAGAUGAAUUUUCUACGAAAUCGUGGAAUCUAAAAGUACUUGAAAAAAACUAAUCGUUUAGGGCGUAAGCGCGUAUAAACGUAAAUACGCAACGCUGCGUAAUCUUAGAAUAGGACGUGCCAUGUUGUACAGGAGUUACAUGAGAGAACAAAAGUUAUUUAAAAAGGAAAAAAGCAAAGGAAAAAGGACAAAGUAAUUUUGUCUCUUCGAAUAACGAAAAAAAUUUUUUAUUAACGUAUCCUCGACGUAUGAAAAACAAAAUGGAAGCCUAUCUGUUUUUUUACUGUCUUAUAGCGCACACCUUAAGGUAUUUUCUCGUUCUGGGAUAUUAACGUUGUCAUUCGUAAUGAUAAUUA